AUGGGGCUCAAGGAGAGUAUCUACCAGGUGUUCUUCAAGCGCAGCACGAUUUACGUGCCAUUCGUGCUUGUUGGGGCCUACUUUUCCAACGAGGCGCUGGACACGGUGGUCACCAGCAUCUGGGAGAGCAGGAACAAGGGGAAGCUUUUCAAGGACAUCGAGAUUCCUGUGGCGGAGGCUGAGUAG